AUGGCAGCAGAACCAGAAUUGCUUAAAGUAAUACGUAGGAUUCAAUAUCCAAUACCUCAAUUUGCAUUAGGUUCACUACCAGCUAUAGCAACUGUAGGAACAACUCCACAUAAUGGUUUGCUGGCAAAAAUCAUGUGGUUUAUGCGAUCUUUAGAGGAUGAGGAUACUAUCAGAAUUGAAAUUGAAGAUGAAAAUGAAAGCGCACUAUUUAUCAGGCCCGUUGGUCAUCAUGCUAUGAAAAUAGAACCUGAUGAAGAACAGAAAAGUGUUAUAAAUAAUUGGGUAUCUGAAGCAUCUUUAUUAGAUAGAUUGUCGUCAAUAGUAUCGGCAUAUUACAUAUUAGUUGGCAUAUUUGCAGGAAUAACUAAAGCGGCUGGUCCGUGUAUGACUGAUAAUUCAUUACAAGAUUGGCCAUAUAUCCCAUUGUUAUUAAUUUGGACACUAUCUGCAAUUUAUGUUAGGAUAAUGAAGGGAAGAGUGGUAAAUAAAGUAUUAUCAGAAAAUCUUAAAAGUAAAAUAAUUGUCAAAAAUUAUACAUCGGGUGAAAUUAUAACAAUAAGAGCUCAUGCUGCAAUUACCGCUUUAGCUUCAAUAGCGCUUCCUUGGUUAGCUGUCAUUAUAGCCUAUUUCACUCGCCCG